AGCGUUGAACACUGAAACCUUGCUGCACCGCCUCAACUUGAUCGACCUGAAUGUGUGGACUUCGCCGUUGAUGUUCAAUUGAAGAGUUGAACUCGGGAGGCUUCUUCACGCUAGCCUUUGGUGCCACUUGCACAUCGUUGGAUCAUUGCGCCGAAUGUUUUAGGCGCUACGGCUGACAUCCGUGGAUCAGCAAUAGGGCAGCAGCUGCCUCGGCUGGGGCUGAGUGACUGAAGCGUCUUAGACUGUCACCUGCUUUGCUUGCACGGGACUAACCAGGUUUAACCUGUCCUCCCGAGCAGCCAAGGUCUUGGGCAACUCUACCCUCGCCCUCGAUAUUCAGCAACACGUCUCGCUGUUCUUCGCUGCAGAUCCGCUCUGUUCCCGGGUCUACCGAAUCUGUGACGGCGAAAAAAAAGACCUCAGGAAUUCACAGACUCACUCCAGAUGAGUCUGUCUCUUUCUCGCUUCGGACUUGGACGGGAAACUUCAAUAUCCUGAUGAUCCGGCCGAGCCUCUCCAUCCAGGCAUCAUGGCUGGUGGCAGCUCGGACCGGCGCAGCACGAGCGUUGACAUGCUGCGUUCCGAGCUGGACAAUAUCCAAGAAGCAGAAAUCCUGGUACCACCCAGACCGAGCGUCACAGGCGAGUCAAUGCCACUUGAGAGCGAGACAGCAGAGACUCGAGCAGCCGACGCGGAGAGGUCAGCUUCAGCAGCACGAAGGUCAAACAGCAGCACGCGGAGGAGCGAGUCCGGGGCACAUGUGAGGUUCUCACAAGAUGCAGGCCGUCGUCAUGGCCACCCGUCUUCCCAUCUGCGGCUUGACACGGACCUUUAUCCCAUCCAGAGCAGAGUUGAAGACACCGAGGCCGCAAGGCGAUGGCGUGAGAGUCGGGACGGACCCUCCCCGUCGGUCAGAGCACCACCAGCCCUGGACGGUGCAGAUGAAGACGGAGAGACAGCUCAAGGCAGAGGCAGGCCUGUCGCCCAGCCCGUGGCCAGCCCCGGACUUGCAACUCGCUACCGGCGCUUGCGGCUCAGGGGGCUUGGCGGGGAGGUAAAGAACGUUGCCAGCGCUGCGGAAGCCAGCGCGACCGUCUCCCGUGCAAAGGACUGGGUGGCACGACAGAGGGCCCGCACGAGGCGUCUCAAAAGGUCACCUACGGGCCGCUUCAAAGCGAGGCUUGCGGCCCUGUACAAGAAAUGGAUCUACGAAGGGCUUCUGCGCCAGAGGCCUUUGCCCCCGAGCGCUGACGGGAGACAUGUUCCUCUGAAUCCUGUUCAGGCCCGCCAAAAGAGCCUCGUGGAUGAACGCACGGGCAAGCCGUACAUUUCGAAUUUCAUCAGGUCCAGCAGAUACACACUGUGGUCAUUUCUUCCGAAGCAAUUGUUUUUCCAAUUCAGUAAGCUGGCCAAUGCAUAUUUUUUGACCAUUGGCAUUCUUCAAAUGAUACCCGGUCUCAGCACCACUGGGACCUAUACGACUAUCGGUCCGUUGCUUGCCUUUGUUGCACUGAGUAUGGCCAAGGAAGGCUGGGAUGACUAUAGGAGGUACAAGCUGGACAAGCUCGAGAAUAGGACCGAGGUGUGGGUGUUGGACCCUUCCAGGAGCCUGUUGAGUGAGAAACAGUAUGGCAAGCUGCGAGAGAAAUUCCGGAGGCGCCGUGAGGAUGUGGAAGAUGAGAUGCAGGAGCUGGACCGGGUAGAGCAGCGGGAAGAUGAAAGCCCACCGUGGUCUGAAGACGAAGACGUUCACUGGUCAAAAGUGCAAUGGGAGGAAGUCCGCGUUGGCGACAUCAUCAGGCUGCGGAGAGAUGAGAAUAUCCCGGCUGAUAUGGUCCUCCUUCAUGCCACUGGGCCAAACGGCAUUGCUUACAUCGAGACAAUGGCGCUCGAUGGCGAAACGAACCUCAAGAGCAAGCAAGCCUGCCCUCUCUUCACGAAGCAUUGUGGGUCACUUUCGGCCCUGAGCGGAGUGCAGGCGAAGGUGGUCUCAGAGGAUCCUAAUCUUGACCUGUACAACUACGAAGGCAAGGCGGUUGUCAAUGAUGAGGUCACGCCUCUUACCCUGAACCAGGUGGUAUACAGGGGCUCGACGCUGAGGAACACGAGCGAAGCCAUCGGUGUUGUGAUCAAUACUGGGGAAGAAUGCAAGAUUCGGAUGAAUGCGAGCAAGGACGUGCACGCCAAAGCCCCGGCCAUGCAGUUCAGGGUCAACAAGAUUGUCAUUCUGUUGGUUUUCGUUGUCAUCAUGCUCUCUGUCGGCUGCUCCAUUGGCAAUAUCAUCUGGGUGGAUGACUACGAGAGGCAUGCAUGGUACUUGGAUGAGGCAUCGGUGCCCUUUGGCCAGAUCUUCAUCGCCUUCGUCAUCGCCUUCAACACUCUGAUCCCACUGAGUCUCUACGUCUCGCUGGAAAUCGUCAAAAUCGGCCAGGUCAUGCUGCUAAGAGACAUCGAUAUGUAUGAUCCCGUCUCAAACACGCCAAUGGUUGCGAAUACCACGACAAUACUCGAGGAUCUCGGUCAGGUCAGCUAUGUCUUCUCGGACAAGACAGGGACAUUGACAGAGAACGUCAUGAGGUUUCGAAAAAUGAGUGUGGCCGGCACCGCGUGGCUGCACGAUGCGGAUCUUCGACGUGAGGCUGAGGCGAGAGCGAAAAGACAGGCACACAUCGAGAUGUCAGGGGCUAAGUCCGGCAAGGGAAAAGGGCAUGACAGCUCAAGGCCUUCCAUGCACACGAUGAGGUCGCAGUUUGCCGAAGACCAGCUUCUAGAGGAGCACGAGGCAAGCAUUGGACCCAUCCGGAGGUCGAAUUCGAUCUUGACAUCUACAGCGCGACCCAGUGAGGCCGGGCAAUUGAGGACAGAGGAUCUGAUUCACUACCUGAGGCGAAAACCCAACUCCCCAUUUUCGAAGAAGGCUCGGCAGUUCAUAUUAUGCAUUGCCCUAUGUCACACCUGCUUACCGGAAAAGAAAGCCGAUGGGAAGAUCGAAUUCCAAGCUGCUUCGCCUGACGAACUCGCGCUUGUGGAAGCAGCGCAAGAUCUCGGGUAUCUGCUUAUUGACCGCUCCUCGCAGACUAUUGAGCUUGAGAUUAGAGACGAGAAUGGUUCUUCCGCAAGUGAGACAUACGAAAUUAUGGAUGUGAUCGAGUUCAGCUCAGCGCGCAAGCGGAUGUCGAUUAUAAUUCGCAAUCCAGACGGUCGGAUAUGCGUCUUCGUUAAGGGUGCUGACAAUGUCAUAUUGCCCCGGCUUGAGCAGAGCAGGUUGGCAAUGGAGACUGCCUCCGUUGUCGACCGCAGAGCUAGUCUUCGCAGGAGCAUGGAGCAGGAGAAGGCUUUACGAAAGAUGAGCAUGCACAGCGCGAGGAACAGCACGUCCGUCGCUCGGGUGAGCAGUAGUUUCGCGGGCAGAGGAGGCAUUCUUGGGAGAAUGAGUUUCACGAAGCGAUCUGCCAGCAUGCAGAGGAGGCGAUCGAGCGCCGUCGUCGAUGAGGUUGAUUCGUGGAUCACUAAUCGCGAAAGGGACACCUCGGGGGUUGGCGAGACGUAUGCCUCUCAGCAGACGGACGCGGCACGGGGGCGAUCGAUCGAGCUGCUGCAGUCCCCAGACGUGAUGGAUGACGUCUUCGACGGCAUGAUCGAUGAGAGCAUUGCCGUGAGCGACCACGAGAUCUUUGAGCGCUGCUUCCAGCAUCUGGACGACUUUGCUUCGGAGGGUCUGCGUACCCUGCUGUAUGCCUUUCGCUAUGUGCCUGAGGAGGACUACGCCCAGUGGAAGUCUUUGUAUCACGAGGCCACUACAAGUCUUGUCGACCGCCAGGAACGCAUUGAAGCUGCGGCCGAAAUCAUCGAGCAGGGCUUUGAGCUCGCCGGGGCUACUGCCAUCGAAGACAAGUUGCAGCAGGGCGUCCCCGAGACAAUCGACAAGCUCCGUCGUGCGAACAUCAAAGUCUGGAUGCUCACGGGUGACAAGAGGGAAACGGCAAUAAACAUUGCCCAUUCUGCGAGGAUCUGCAAACCAUUUUCCGAGAUCUACAUUCUCGAUGUCACCGAAGGCAACCUUCAAGACAAGAUCGCUGCCACGCUCGUCGAGGUCGGACGUGGGAUGAUAAUGCACCCCGUCGUCGUGAUCGAUGGACAUACUCUGAGCGUGGUCGAAGACGAUGAGUCGCUCAAAGUGUUGUUCUUUGACCUUGUGGCUCGUGUUGACUCGGUCAUCUGCUGCCGCGCCUCACCAGCGCAGAAGGCGACGCUCGUCAAGUGCAUUCGCACCCAAGUUCCCAAGUCCCUGACAUUGGCCAUAGGGGAUGGCGCGAAUGACAUAGCGAUGAUUCAGGCCUCCCACGUCGGAAUAGGCAUAUCGGGCCGCGAGGGACUCCAAGCUGCCCGUAUAUCGGACUACUCCAUCGCGCAGUUCAGAUUCCUCCAGAAGCUCCUGUUCGUGCAUGGGCGUUGGAACUACAUCAGAACGGGAAAGUACAUAUUGGGCACUUUCUGGAAAGAAAUUGUCUUCUACAUCGUUCAGGCUUUAUACCAGAGGUAUAACGGGUACACGGGAACAAGUCUCUACGAGUCUGCCUCUCUGGCUGUGUUCAACACCCUAUUCACCUCUCUGGCAGUCAUCCUUCUGGGCAUGUUCGAACAAGACAUCAAGGCUGAGACUCUUCUUGCGGUACCGGAGCUCUACUCGCUCGGGCAGAAGAACAAGGCAUUCAACUACUACUUGUACGUCGGCUGGAGCUCCGUGGCCGUGAUCGAAGCCGUGCUUAUUUAUUAUUCGAUAUGGGGCAUCUACAUGGCCAUAAACUUCAACGAGGACAACACACUCUUCGCCAUGGGCGACCUCGCUUUCACGGUGUGCGUUUUAUUCAUCAACGUCAAGCUGUUGAUCCUGGAACUGCACAACAAGACAAUUGUCACUUUUAUCGGCUUUAUCAUCAGCGUUGGCGGCUGGUUCGUCUGGAACCUGCUCCUCUCGGCCAUAUAUAACCCCCGGCCGGGGCCGUACAUUGUCCGCGAUGCGUUCAUCCACAACUUCGGAGCCAGGCCGACGUGGUGGCUGACGGCCAUCAUAUCGCUGUCCAUCGUCAUCGUGUUCGAGCUCUCGGUCAGCGCGGUACGCCGCAUCUUCUGGCCGCAGGACCAGGACCUGAUGCAGGAGGCCGAGAAGUACGCGGGGGUCCUGGACGUCAUGAGGGAGCACGCGGCCGAGACGGGGCAGGCCGGUGCCGCUGGCGCUGCCACCACCACCACCAGCGGGGAUGGAAAGCGGGCGAGCAGCCGGGACUCGUCGGUAGAUGGGCCCCGGCCUUCUCAGCAGCAGCGGCGGCAGAAUGAGUGGAAGGACCAGGGCGCCCAGCGCACCGCGAGGAGACGGAGCCGGAAGAUUAGUGGUGAUGUCUAUGGGCCGCCGGCAUUCAUGGCGACGCCCGAGGAGAGGGAUGUGGGUCCUCUAGAUGAUGUUGAGUCUGUUGUCGGGUCUUCUAGGCAUGAUGUGAAGGGGAAGCAGCCGACAGUCAGCACGAGUGCGUACCAGGCGGGCGGCUCGUAGGCUUGGGGGUGUUUGGCUUGAGGUCCAGGCAAGGGUGCAAUAUUUGUACAUACAUUGGGCGUGUUGGAAUAUGAUUGAUAAGUGGAUGAAUAAUGAUGCAUAAAAGACUGGAUGAAGAGAAAUUACACCUAUUUUACUUCUCGAUUCCGA